UGUCUCCUCCAUCCGGCAACCUCAAGCGUGGGGCGUCCAUGCAGCGCUGCGGGAGCCUCGCUGCUCCCCGAGAGUUGGCCAUGCUUCCUUGGGAGCUCGCGGGGGUGAUGAGGACUGGGGCUGUGCGAUGUUGAUUGGGAGAAUGGAGAGGGACGCUAAACUUCCUCGCAUCUGCGCGUUCCUCACGCUCUGGCUGCAGAGGAAGCAUCGAGCCAAGCCCUGCAGCCUGCAGCUGCCUGCCCCCAGCCAGCUCGCCAGCCCGGGCGAAGGGGUUGUGAAAGAAAUCAACAUCACUCAUCAUGUGAAGGAAGGCUCCGAGAAAGCUGACCCUUCGCAGUUUGAGCUCCUGAAGGUGCUGGGACAGGGCUCUUUCGGCAAGGUUUUCUUGGUGAGAAAAAUAACGCCACCAGACAGCAACCACCUCUAUGCCAUGAAAGUGUUGAAGAAGGCGACAUUGAAAGUGCGCGAUCGAGUAAGGACAAAGAUAGAAAGGGACAUCCUGGCUGAUGUAAACCAUCCCUUUGUGGUGAAACUCCACUACGCAUUCCAGACAGAGGGGAAGCUGUAUCUCAUCUUGGAUUUCCUCAGAGGAGGUGACCUUUUCACUCGGCUUUCCAAAGAGGUCAUGUUCACCGAGGAGGAUGUGAAGUUCUACCUAGCAGAGCUGGCUCUGGGGCUCGACCAUUUGCACAGCUUGGGAAUCAUAUACAGGGAUCUCAAACCGGAGAACAUCCUCUUGGAUGAAGAAGGGCACAUCAAACUCACAGAUUUUGGCUUGAGUAAGGAGGCGAUAGACCACGAGAAGAAAGCCUAUUCCUUCUGCGGGACGGUGGAGUACAUGGCACCAGAAGUGGUGAAUCGCCAAGGUCACUCCCACAGUGCUGAUUGGUGGUCGUACGGCGUCUUGAUGUUUGAAAUGCUCACCGGCUCGCUGCCCUUCCAGGGGAAGGAUCGUAAGGAGACGAUGACCCUCAUCCUCAAAGCGAAGCUGGGCAUGCCGCAGUUCCUGAGCGCUGAAGCACAGAGCCUCCUGCGAGCCCUUUUCAAAAGGAAUCCAGCCAACAGAUUAGGUUCUGGACCAGAUGGGGCAGAAGAGAUCAAGCGCCAUCCUUUCUACUCUACCAUUGACUGGAAUAAGCUGUACCGCAGGGAAAUCAAACCACCCUUCAAACCUGCUGUGGGCCAACCAGAUGACACCUUUUAUUUUGACACGGAAUUUACAUCGCGGACACCUAAAGACUCCCCAGGCAUCCCCCCGAGUGCAGGGGCCCACCAGCUCUUCCGAGGCUUCAGUUUUGUGGCGACCGGAUUGAUGGAAGACGGCAAGGUGAAGCCCACCCAAUCACCUCUACAUUCGGUUGUACAGCAGCUGCAUGGCAAGAAUGUCCAGUUCAACGACGGCUACGUGGUGAAGGAGGCGAUCGGCGUCGGCUCCUACUCGGUGUGCAAGCGCUGCAUUCACAAAGCAACCAACAUGGAAUAUGCAGUCAAGGUCAUUGACAAGAGCAAACGAGACCCUUCCGAGGAAAUUGAAAUCCUCCUGCGAUACGGGCAGCAUCCCAACAUCAUCACCUUGAAAGAUGUGUAUGAUGAUGGGAAGUACGUGUAUCUGGUGACUGAGUUGAUGAGGGGAGGGGAGCUGCUGGAUAAAAUCCUCAGGCAGAAGUUUUUCUCGGAGAGGGAAGCCAGUUCGGUCCUGCACACGAUCUGUAAAACAGUGGAAUAUCUGCAUUCCCAAGGGGUUGUUCACAGGGACUUGAAACCCAGCAAUAUUCUCUACGUCGAUGAGUUGGGAAACCCUGAAAGCAUUCGCAUCUGUGACUUCGGCUUUGCCAAGCAGCUGAGGGCAGAGAACGGCCUUCUCAUGACUCCCUGUUACACGGCAAACUUUGUGGCACCUGAGGUACUAAAACGUCAAGGCUACGAUGAAGGCUGCGACAUCUGGAGCCUGGGAGUUCUCCUGUACACGAUGCUGGCAGGCUGCACUCCGUUUGCAAAUGGUCCCAGUGACACUCCAGAGGAAAUCCUGACCCGGAUAGGUGGAGGGAAGUUCUCCAUCAGUGGAGGCAAUUGGGACACUAUUUCUGACAUGGCCAAGGAUCUGGUGUCAAAGAUGCUUCACGUAGAUCCCCACCAGCGCCUAACAGCCAAGCAGGUCCUGCAGCAUCCGUGGAUAACUCAGAAGGACAGCUUACCCCAAAGCCAGCUGAAUCACCAGGAUCUUCAGCUCGUAAAGGGAGCGAUGGCUGCCACGUACUCUGCACUGAACAGCUCCAAGCCGAGCCCCCAGCUGAAGCCCAUCGAAUCCUCCAUUCUGGCACAGAGGCGGGUGAAGAAACUUCCUUCCACCACCCUGUGAAGCUGGGGCUGUUCUGCAGCCGCGCGGUGCGGUGCAGGCACGUGCCAGACCUUGCACACCUCCCGAAGAUGGGGAGCAGGAGAUCAGGUGGGCAAUGCCUGCACAGGAGCUCUCUUGAGGACUUCUUGAAAGGCCAAGUGCCUCUCUGUUUCGGAAAGACUGGCUCCUCCUUGUGUGGACUGAUCUUUACUGAGAGAACUUCACUGUAAAACUUUUUUGGAGUGUAAAUUGUUGAUUUUUAAAGACAUCCAUCUGUGUAUAUGAGAUCUAGAAUGUAUAACUGAUGUCAAGUGGCACUAAAAAGCAGCUCUGAUUCACCCUGUCCUGUGUAGGGCCAGGUAUUUGUUGUAGCUCCAUCAGGUCUUGGAAUUGAUCCUCUCCAACGCCAUUGCAGCUGGAAGAUCGUGUAAUGCAUAGGGUUAAGGCUUUGGGGUGUUUUUCCUCUCUCAAUCCUUUGGAUGCCCUUUCCAGAGUCAGCCCUGUAGACUCCUAGCCAGCAGCACUCCCAGUUGUUGAGGACCUGCCUCUCCUUCACCUUUUGUGUGCAUGUGUGUUCAGAGUGUAAGGUCCAUUUUUUAGACUCCGUUUCAUCCUCUCUCCAGCCCAGAUGGGAAUAAAAUAAACCAUGGGUUUUCCAAACACCCCGUUAGAUGCUCAGCUGUCCAGAAUACCUGCUGGGUUUGACUCAUACCUUCCUUCUCCAUAUUCUCCCCACCACUCCUAGGGGAGUUUAUCACCCAUACAGCUGGUGAUGGCAAAGGAACCUUCUUGGCAAAGCUGAGGCUUUGGGCUGGCUCUGGCUGCUGCAGUUCUCAUUUUUUAUUUCCCUUUCCUUCAGCAGGAACCUACAAACCAAACCACCCUCUUCUUUAACUUUGUUCUACAGCUGGUAACUCAGGGUUUCUUUCUGAAUUGUACAAUAAAUGUGUCUUUCAGUUGAUGUUUUUUUUUUACCGACUGACUUUUAGCUACAGAAUAAGCAACCCCGGUCGUUUCCCCAUGUCAUAAGGGGGUAAUGACUCUUGUCUGCCUUUUGGGAGAUCUGCAAAGCUUUUUCAUGUGGUCCUGCGAUGGGAAAACCAGCAGUACUGUAGUAGGGCUGCGUAUCGAGCCAUCUUCUCUCAGGUGCAAUACCUCACUCGGCAGUGGGAAGGAAUUAGAACUGGUUAUGGAAUAAGGCAGUAAUCAACAGGAAAGGGAGCAGGAUGUGGGCUGCGGAGGGGAGCUUCUUACUCUCAGGACAUUUUCAUGCUGGUAGAAAUGAACACGUGGAGGCAAACUGUGCUAGAAAUGAAGUCCUGACCCGUUCUGGCUUGUAGGGAGAUGUUGGAGCUCCCUGGUUUGGAGAUGGCUGUUUCUCAGGAAUUCAGGAGAGCUACGGGGACUGCAAACACUCGUGCUCAAGGAUGCAACUGAAACCAGCAGAGGUUCUUGGGUGAAUUUCUGCUACUUUUGUUUUGCUCCGUCUCAGUUGAUUUGAAAUGGAGAAUAUCAUAAGAAAAUGUUCUCUGAGAUGUACAGCUCUCUCCUCCUCUGCCCUCAUCCAGGCAGGUCCUGUUUUACUCCCUGGAGCAGCCAAUGAGAAGCUGGAACAGUCACAAUGUUUUUCUCUCUUUAUUCCAAGUGUCCAGCGCCGCUGAGAGGAGGAGGCCAGUGCAGGCUGGAUCUCCUCACUGGUUUGGCCACUGGGUUUUGUGUUUAACUGGGGAUGAGGACAGUCCACCAUGCAGAACGCCUUCCUUACAAAUACCAGCUCUCUCCUCUGGCACAGUGGUUGCAUCGGUGCCAGUGAACCUGCCUUAUGUUUCCCACAACUCUGCAGCAGCUCUCGUGCCAGUGAAAAACUGAAAUUUUAAGUACCUGAAACCAAUCCAGUAAACAGCUUUCUGGAGCUGGGAGCAGUCCCUUUGGGUUCUGUUGGGAUUGAAGCAGGCACUUUGGCAGCUUUUCAGAGUAUUUCCUGCAUUGGAAAGGGCAGGGUCUGAAACAGCGGCUGGCGUUGGGUGUGUUGGUUGUGAUCCCCAAUCCCUGUGAACCAGUACGGACCAUCGGGGUGGGUCUUAAACCAAACGUUCGCCCUGCUUGGAUGGUAGCCGGCUUGUUUGUAUGAAGUUGUAAAUGCUAUCAAAUAUCAGUCAGGAAAAACAUUACAACAUUUGCUUAAUCCUCCCUGUGAUGGUGUGAGGCCAAGUAGCGACCGCUCAAAGGUGCGUAGGACAAGGUGGCACAGGGCUCUGUGGGCACAAGGAGAGCAGCCCAUGGUUGCGGCGGGCUCUGCCUGGCCAUGAGACAACACCUGGAGCAUCAAACCCCUCCACCUCGCUGGGGUCUUCCAUCAGAGGAACUUUGUGUUUGAUGUAGCCGGAGCUUCCGGAACCUCCAUCACUUUGGACAGAGCAAACAAGAAGGGCUACACCUUGCUUUUUUGGGGUGCUUUUAACCAAGUUGUUUCGAGUGAUCCUUCCAUAAGUUAAAAUACGUCUUGAUUUGUAGUUCCGAAUCAACCAAGUGCUGUUACUUUUUUAAUUCCAGUGCUCAAUAAAAAAGGAUUUGUUGAUCUUCCUGUGUAUGAGAACUCUAGGUGUUCGUAACAGGUCGGCUGGGCCCCCUUGUUCCCUUUCUGGUUUUGUCCUGACGGUAUUGAACCUUUGCCAAAAUACAGUUGGGACCCAACUGCUGUCAUCUUCACUGAAAUUGCAUUUUUUUACGUGAAAAUUGGGCCUGGGUCAGGCUGGGUCUCUAAUGCCAGUUGAGGGGAACCUUUAGGUGUCUUAGAGAAGACCAAGGCUCUUACAAGAGUCUGAGGUCAUUUGGCUUUAACUGGGGACAAAGAGGAGAUCCAGCUUACCUUCAUCGUGAUUUGUAAUGGGACAGAAAUGUCUUCAACCUUCAUGCAUAAGGAAAUCUUUACAAGGAAAACUACUUGUGUUAUUUCAGCUCUUUCACUGCCAACUUGACCUUUGAGAUUUUGUCCUGUACGAAAGCUCAAGGGAGCAGAAAAGCCCGAAUCCAGCCUCGAAUAGCUGAGUCUACCUGGAAUUAACCCGUGCGGGAAUAGCAUGUUAAUCCCUAGCAAGGAACCUGAAGAUAAUAUUGAGCAGCUCUCUAGAAUGCAGCUUCUGUACAAGAAAGGUUAAACUUUCCUAUUUUGGGGCAUAAAUCAGCAUCUUUUCUGUUGUAAAAGAGGUUGACCCAGCUGAGAGGCUGUUUUCCUUCUUCCCACUGUGUAAAGUAGUUGUGCCUUCCUCUUAAUGAUGUUGGACUGACCUCUGUCAAAUCAAUAUAAAUAAUAAAUGUAUUUUGGCCUGAUAAAUAUUCCCAUCACAAUUAUUUAGGCUGUCUUUAAAACUAAACACCGGUAACUUUCUCAGUAAUCAUCUCUUUAUUUUCUUAGUGAAACUUCACCGAGAACCCAAUCCGCUCUUUUAGUUUUUCCUCUAACGAAUGCAAACGCCCUCUUCAAAUCCCCACCUUCGAAUUAGUUCGUGUCCUUCUUUUUCCCUGCACCCUCUGCCUUUUGUAGGCAGGGAAUCGCACAGCCGGGGACCUCCUGGGUGCCACCACCUCCUCACGGCAGCCACCGCCGCCUUCCCAGGAACGUGGAGCCUUCGGAAAUCCUGGCUGCCUACGAGCGUGUUUGACGGGAUGCAGGGUGGAUGCUGCGCUUUCAUGGAAUAUUCAACAAUUUAAUCCCUCUUUUAACGCCAAGAGAACAUUUAAAAUAUUUCAAAGUCUUCUUUCGCAAGUACAUGGGGGCUCUGAAUAAAACCUUCAUUCAUGCCAUGAAAGCUGGAGGUCCGCUGCCACUCCGUUUUCUUGCCUCUGGUUAUUAA